CAUCUUGGUGCAGGGAAUGUAGUGAGGCCUGAGCUGUGCAGGUAGGUCUGUGAAAGGUCACAGGUAUUUUAGGCAGGAUAGCUGCAAUUCUUAAAGGAAGAGGCAGGGAUUUCCUCGGAAAUGUUUUGCAUCAGUUCAGGACACACUGUCAUUUUUCUUUUGUAUAUGGCUGGAGUUCUGUUUUUGUUCACCAGUUUUUAAUGCCUCAAGAACAUUCAGAUUAUUCCUUUUGAAUGCAUUUGUUCUUCAGAUACACUGAGUUGUUGGGUUUUUUUUCUUCAUAAGAGCAACUUCUGAAUUGUGACAACUGUAAAAACAAGGACCAUUUUUUCACUCCAGAGCAAAGAUCAAAUUUGUCACCGCUGUCUCGGAGUUUUCAGUUCUCAGGCAGGCGCAACUGGAAUGCAGCAAAAGACUUGCAGAGAUACAGACAUGGUUACCCGGGUUUGAUAGAAUCAGAAAAUGAGGAGGAAGAAGAGAUGUGGAAUUUAAGCUUUUAUAAAAAUGAGAUUCGCUUUUUGCCUCAGGGUUUGCACAUUGAAAACCUGCUUGAAUCUUGGUGGGACAACUAUGAAGUUCUGGAAGAAAACCAUUCUUACAUACAGUGGCUAUUCCCUUUACGUGAACAUGGGAUGAACUGGCGUGCCAAACCACUCACAUGUCAAGAAAUCAAGGCCUUUAAGAAGUCCAAGGAAGUUAUGCGGAGGUUUAUACGUGCUUAUCAGCUUAUGCUGAGAUUUUAUGGAAUCAUUCUGAUCAACGAGGCAACUGGAGAACUUAGGAGAGCAGAAAAUUGGGCUGAACGAUUUAAAAACUUGAAUCGGUUCAGCCACAACAAUUUGCGGAUUACUCGCAUCCUGAAGUGCCUGGGGGAGAUGGGUUAUGAAGACUAUCAAGUGCACUUGGUAAAGUUUUUCCUAACAGAAACUCUUGUUAAGGAGACAUUACCAAAUGUCAGAAGAAGUGCCUUGGAUUACUUCCUGUUCACCAUCAGAAGCAAACGGAAGAGAAGAGAACUAGUCCACUACGCUUGGCAACACUUCAAACCUCGAGGCAGCUUUGUGUGGGGGCCACAUGACAAACUCUUGAAGUACAGGCCCCGCUCUGCCAAGUCACAGCUGCACCAAAAGGCUGAAGAUAAACAGGAAACUCUGGGUAAAAACUGUGGUGAUUCUGUGGAAGAGGAUCAGAACCAGUCUCUAGAGGAAGAACAGAAAGCUGGAGAUGCUUCAGGCUUUCAGCCUAAAGUGGACAAUGAAGAUAUGAAAGAGAAGAUCAGUGAACGUGUCGAUAAAGACCUAAAAGAGAAGAUCAGUGAACGUGUCGAUAAAGACCUAAAAGAGAAGAUCAGUGAACGUGUUUUGAAGAGAGGAGAUGGUGAAGAGGAGAAAGAGGCUUCAUUUACCCAGCCGGAGGAGAAGGAUUUAAACAGCGAGGCUGAAGAAGUGCAGGGUACAGCAGAGAAUGAUUGCACAAAGGAGAGCAAGAAGAGAAAACUGGAUGUAAAUAUGACAGACACUAAAAAGAGUGGACCGUUGAAAAGCCCUACUGAUAUUGAAAACAUUUCCCGUAAUCUGGGAGAAUGUGCAAUUGAUGCAGAAAUCCCUUCCUCAGCUCCACUCUCACAAGCAGAAGAGGACCAGGAAACACUGAAAGAAGACAGUGCAAGCACCAAAGACUCAACAGUGCCAGAGACAGCCGAUGCAGCUGUGAAACGGAGGAAAGUUGAUAAAAAACCGUUAAAAAGGAUCAACUUAGCCAUAAACCUGAACAUGGGGCCUACUGCCUCUAGUGCCAAGUUAAAUCCAUCUGUUGCAAACACUGAGGCUGAAAAAGAAAAUGUCAGUGAGGAAAAUGCGACUGUGAAAGUAACAAGUGAGAAGGGUGAUGGUGAUACAAAUGGUGGGGCUGUGAGCCCCCCAGUUGGUUCCAGGCUCCGCAAGACUGGCUGGACUUCUCCAGUAGGUGAUGGCUUAGAGUUGAGUGGAGAUCAAGUCACAGCAAAGAGCGAACAGCGCUACUGCAACAGCACGCUCUUGGGAGGCAAAGCAGAGGUAGAUGGGGUAGAACAGCAUAAAAAGGCAGAAAAUGCAAGUGAAAAGGGGCAAGCAGAAGUCACGGGCAAGAAACAAGUUGCAGAGAGUCUUGAGCAGAACAUGGCAUCCACUUGUCCCGAAGAAGACAGUGCUGAGGGUGGAACACAGAAGUCUGAGAGCUCUGAGCAUGCAGCAGAAUCUAGUGAAGAGCAGGUAGCAGCAGAGUAAGCCCAGCCCAGCAAACGCUCGAUCAAGUGGAGAUGACACUGCCCUGAGUGCUAGGAGCCAGCUUUAGUGAUUUGGAUAGCAGAAAUACAUGGAAGAGUAAACUUCCUUUGGGCUGAUCCAGGAAAGCCCCUGUCUGACUUUCACUUUUUUUUUUUUUUUUUUUAAUCAUCUGUAGUAAGUUCAGUGAAAUCCAGUCCUUGGUUACCCUAAAGAGAAAAACUCAUAUUUUAGUUGUCUUCAUCUUCAUGGACAGGCUGUGUCCUCUUCCUGGUUUUUAUGUGGUGAUCAGGACUGUCUUAGAGCAACAGAGAUUUUUGCACUUUGCUUUGAUUCUGGUGUGUCCCUUCUUAAAGAGAAGUGAUUUGUUUCCUUGAAUGAACUAGUCAAGUAUUUGAUAAAUACAUGAUUUUUAAUAUAAGACAGCAUGACCUAAUUUGCCAGGCCUUUCUAUUACCAUGUCACUUUUUAUUUUGGAAGGCUGUACCUUCCCAGGAGAUUUAUUCCUGGCAAAGGUGCUGUUUUCCUGAAAGAGAUGAGUCUGUGAAUUUCCUAUCAUGUAAGAGCUCUCCUCCUACAAAGAAAAUAGGUUUGACUUUUUAGGCUGAGAUAAAAUGCAUAGUCAAAACCUAGCUCUGACUGGUAUUAACCUUUGUAUACAGAUACCGUUCUCCGGGGUGCAAAGUGCUGAGUAAUUUGUUCCCUUUAUCCACCCCCCCUGCCCCGAAGAAGUUGAUUUGUAGUGCUUGUUAGAGUUGAUAAGAAGGUGAAUUGUCUACGGCUUUCUAAGAGGAAAAAAACCUUCAGACUUUGCAUAAAGUGCUCUAGAGCUCUUCUUCCCUGGGUUUUUCCACCAUUUUCAGACCCUUGAUAGUCUCCCACAGAUAUAUCCACUACUGAUUCAGAGGCCUGCCUGCCUCAGUUGCCAAAAUAGGACAAAUAUUUGUCACUGCAUUUUUUUAUUUUUUUUUUUUCCAGACUCUGCCGUUAAUUUGCAGUGGCCUGUGGGACUCUUUUCUGCAGGCCUGUUGCAUGAAGUUAGAUGUGUCAGAUCUAACCCACUUCCUAAGUCAGGGCAGGAUUGUUUUACCAUUCCCGAUCAGCGUGUCAGACAGUGAGGGCAUGGUCGAGUGCAGCAUGUCUGGAAACCACAGGGCUUUGUGGGGCACUUAAUUGAAAGUUUAAUUGGAAGGGGGUACGCUUGUCUGGUUCAUUUAUUUACAGCUCUCAAGAAUUUACUUUCAGACCUUGCCAGCUAUUUGCCUGCUCUAAUGUUGCUGACCUCCCUGUUAGCUAUUCUGCUUGACUUACACACCAUUCAGCCAAGUCUGAAGGAGCAUUAAACAAUUUAGCACUUUCACUCCUAGAGAUUUACAACAGAGGAUCUAUUUCAUGAAGCAGAGGAAACUUUCCAACAGCCGUAAGGUCUGGACUUGCUGUUUGCUCGGAUUGUUUGUUUUAGUUUGGGGGUUUUUAGGUGCUAUUUGUUUUGUGUAGGAGAUGGCUAGAGGCUUGCCCGCCUUGCCGGAGAGCAGAUGCAGUAGUCUGUGCAAUGUUAUUUUUUUUUUCCUCUCUGCUGCGCUCUUAAGAAGCUUCAUCUUUCAAGGAAUUUGCUUGGUGACUCGCCUUUCCAGACUGUAGGUCCUGAUCCAGCAGGCCACAUACCUGUGUGUGGGAGUAAAAGCCUGCAAGCUUAACAUCUGAUGUUUGUGGUCACACGUGCUGGAAAAAGGCUUUAAUGAUUCUAAAAACACUUCUUUCUUUUCUUCUGAACCAAUGGAGUUAAACAGCCAAUAAGAAUACACUUACAGAUAUAAAUACUUGAAGAUGUUGAGUGAAAAUUCUUUCAUAAAAGAUUAAAUAAGAAAUUGUUAAUUGUGGCUUUUGUACAGAUGUAUAGUAUAUUUUUUAUUUAAUGAAGUUUUCAUUGUGAAUAUGUGCUCAGUUGGGGCAUAGAUCAUAUAUCGUUAUGGUGAUGUGGGGUUCAUAAUUGUGUUUCAUGGGAUUUCACUGUGAGCCCCAGUGUGGAGCGCUCAGACCAAGCCCUUCCCCGUCAUGAUCAGGUUUAGAGUUUUGGCUGUAGGGGUCUGCAGUGAGUUCACAGGAUGUUUUCCAGCACUGAGCUGUAUCACAGAGUCUGUUAUGUUGAUGUCACCUAUUAAAGCAUGACUUUAAUGCA